UGCCGCCGCUUGUGCCGUGUCGGUCCGCGGGCGGUCGCGAUGGUGUUCCGGUGCCAGCGGGACAGCUGGGCCCGGCAGUUCGCCACCAGGGUGGUGUCGUGCCAGGCGGCGGAGCUGCGGCCCGAGGGCGGCGGGGACCCGGUGCGCGGGUUCCAGGUGGUGCUGGAGGACACCAUCCUCUUCCCCGAGGGCGGCGGGCAGCCGGACGAUCGCGGCCUCAUCGGGGACGUGCCGGUGCUGCGGGUGACCCGGCGGGGACCCGAGGCCAUGCACUUCGUGCCGGCCGCGCUGGAGCCCGGCGCCGAGGUGCUGCUGUCGCUGGACUGGGAGCGCCGCUUCGACCACAUGCAGCAGCAUUCAGGACAGCAUCUCAUCACUGCCAUUGCAGAACAGAUGUUUGGAUUCAAGACAACUUCAUGGGAGCUGGGCCGUCAGCGAAGCCUCAUUGAGCUGGACACCCCCUCAAUGACAGCAGAGCAGGUCAAGGCCCUGGAGAGGAGCGUGAAUGAGAAAAUCCGGGACAGGGUCCCUGUGACAGUGAGGGAACUGGCCGCAGAUGACCCUGAAAUUGAAAGAGUGAGGAGCCGGGGGCUGCCCGACGACCAUGUGGGGCCAGUGCGUGUUGUGGACAUCGAAGGCAUCGACUCCAACAUGUGCUGUGGGACUCAUGUCUCCAACCUGAGUGACCUGCAGGUUAUUAAACUCCUUGGCGUGGAAAAAGGGAAAAAGAACAAAACCAACUUGAUUUUCUUGGUGGGAAACAGAGUGCUGAAAUCAAUUGAACAAAGUCACAGUACCGAGAAGGCUCUAACCUCCCUGCUCAAAAAUGGACCAGGUGAGCAUGUAGAGGCUGUGAAAAGACUGCAGAGCUCUGUGAAACUGCUCCAGAAGAAUAACCUGAACCUGCUUAGAGACAUUGCUGUUUUGAUAGCUCGGGACUUCAAGAGCAAACCUGCUCCAAGGCAGCUGUUUGUGUUACACAGGAAGGAGGGUGAUUCUGAAUUUAUGAACAUCAUCGCUAAUGAGAUUGGGACAGAGGAAACCCUGCUAUUCCUGACUGUGGGGGAUGAAAAAGAAGCAGGACUCUUCCUUUUAGCUGGACCUGUUGAAGCAGUUGAGAAUUUAGGUCCCAGGGUGGCAGAGCUGCUGGGAGGGAAAGGAGCUGGAAAGCGCGACCGCUUCCAGGGCAAGGCAGCCAAGAUGAGCCGUCGAGGAGAAGUGGAAGCUCUGCUCCAGGAAUUCAUCAGCCAUCGAAGCCCUGAAGUCCCGGGCAGGCCCUGAAGCUGCUGCAGUCUCAGCUGGAGGAACUAAAUGGUGCUGUGGAGCCACAGUGGGGCACAACAGGUGUUGGUGUUUCUCAUCACUCAGGACAGAUGUCCUUCCUCCACCACCCACAGUCCAUGCCACAGCCCUGCACCCAGGAGCUGAUCCUGCAUCCCACAACGCAGGCCAGCAGAACACUCGAACUCACCAGCUAAACACACCUUCAGCUUUAAUAAAAUACCUCCUGUGCACAGCCACA